GCGAAUUUCACCCCCUUGCUGUUUGCUUGUUAUCACGGUCAUUUAUCUUUAGUGGACACGUUACUACGCCGUGGUGCUGAUAUCAAUGCCAAAGAUCAAAAUGGUUGGACUGCUCUGCACUGGGCUGCCCAACGUUGUCACGCAGACAUUGUGGAAUUGUUGUUGGAUCAUGGCGCAUCUCGAUCAAUGGAAGAUAUGCGCGGUGAUAUGCCCUGUGAUGUGACCAACGAUUUAGGCUUACGUGAUUGCCUACUCCCCGACCCGGAAUAUCCUAACAUUAUCUCCAACGGUUAUGUGACAACCGAUGAAGAAGAUGAAGAUGAGGACGAGGACAAGCUUGAUAGUGGCGACAAAACCGAUGAUCACAGUAACCGUACCCGUAGUCCAGCGAGUCGUACGUCUGGCUCGAUUCACAGUCCGCAUCACUCCCGUUCGCAUCCCCGAUCGACGGCACAACCUGUAUCCAACAACCGAGACGAAUCCAUCGUCCCAUCACCAGGCGCCACAGCAGUUUGUGUAGAUAGUUGCAAAAACGGAGCCCGGAUCACAGAGUUGCAUGAACUCAAUUUAUUGGACGCAGAAGUACAAAAACUGCGUCUAGCUGUGUGUGAAGCAGCUGAAUUAUGA